AUGGGCCUAUUACCAUAUAAUUGGCUAGAGCCAACACCAACUCUAUUGCUCACAUCUCAAACCCUGCUCUCACAAUCGGCCAUAACCAAGACAACCAUAACCCAAUUGAUAUCGUCUUCGCCGUCGUCGUUAUCAUCAUCAUCAUCAUCAUCAUCAUCAUCAUCCGCAACGAUACCCGCCCUGUCACCAUCUAUGACAACAUCUCCAGCGGAUACGCUGCGCAGCCAAAAUACACCUUUGGAUCCUACUUCAACUUAUUUGCAUCCUAUCAUGACGGGUGUAUUUUGGAUCUUAGUUAUACUGACGGUCACCAGUAUAUUACUCUACGGCGUGUUACGCAAAGUUUUGGGGCUUGACGGUGACGAGAUAUACGAUCGUUUGAAAACUUUGUAUCGGCGAUUCAAACUCAAGACUUAA